AUGGCCCCCGUGCCGCCGGUGCCUAACCAAAACCUAAAUCUCAGUGCCUCGGGGCGGCGGCUGCGCUUGCCGGACGAUGACGUUCCGGGCUCCUCGGGCGCCGCAGCAAGCAGCAGCCUCAGCCGACGCAAGCACGUAGAUGUCUUGCUCGGUGACCCGGCAAAUGCCGUCAAGCCCGCCAGCGACGGCGGGCCGCUCCAGGGCAUCGGCUCCGGCGACCGGGGCUCCGGCUUGACGUAUCGGCUUGGGAGAAUGGCGCCCGGCAUGCUGGCAUCGCUGCAGGAGCUUGCUGCCAAGGCAGCAGCGAGUCCGAGGCAGGGGGUCUGGGUGGUGAAGGCGCAGGCGCCGCUGGACAAUAGCUCCGACGCAGCGGGCGGGAUAGGCCGCAUGACGCCAGCCACGCUGCUGCUGCACGACGAGGCAUUCGAGUUUGUGCACUUUGUGAAGGAGGAGGAGGCUGGGCACUCUGCGCUGCUGCGGGCGACGCUGCGGCAGCCGGCCCAGGUCGCCUACCUAUAUGCGGAGCAUCUUCCCCCGGACAACGCCUCGCCAGAGCGCUACCUCCGUCUCUAUGUGGAGUCGCACCCCGAGGCGGAGUGGUGA